GCACUGGGUAAAAGGGAAGAGGUCCCUGCCCCCAAGUCAGGCGCAGGGUGUGGGCACAGUGAACCAGCUGUCAGUGCUGACUGUCAGUUCAGUGGGGGGUGUUGUGAAAUCGCCCCAUUUCCUCAGCCUGCCUCCUUUGGGAGACACUCAGGGCUUCACGUGCGGCUGCCCACUCGCCUGGACACCAGGGAAGUGCUCCCCAGGCCGGUGGCUGCUGGCACCAAAGCAGUGCAGGACGCGUGAGCACACGCACCUACCACCACCUUCCUCUUCCUGCACCACAGAGGGUGCGAGGGGCAGUCAGACCCUCGAGUCAGGGGAAACCAAUGAAAAGCGUGCUGGCGGUGGCUCUCCUUGUCAUUUUCCAGGUGUGCCUGUGCCAAGAUGAGGUCACGGAUGAUUACAUCGGAGACAACACCACAGUGGACUACACCUUGUACGAGUCUUUGUGCUUCAAGAAGGAUGUGCGGAACUUUAAGGCCUGGUUCCUCCCGGUCAUGUAUUCGGUCAUUUGCUUCGUGGGCUUGCUGGGCAACGGGCUGGUCGUGUUGACCUACAUCUAUUUCAAGAGGCUUAAGACCAUGACCGACACCUACCUGCUCAACCUGGCCGUGGCGGACAUCCUCUUCCUCCUGACCCUUCCCUUCUGGGCCUACAGUGCGGCCAAGUCCUGGGUGUUUGGUGUCCACUUUUGCAAACUCAUCUUUGGCAUCUACAAGAUGAGCUUCUUCAGCGGCAUGCUGCUACUCCUGUGCAUCAGCAUCGACCGCUACGUGGCCAUCGUCCAGGCCGUCUCGGCUCACCGCCACCGCGCCCGCGUCCUCCUCAUCAGCAAGCUGUCCUGCGUGGGCAUCUGGAUGCUGGCCAUGGUGCUGUCCACCCCCGAGCUGCUGUACAGCGGCAUCCAGAGGAGCAACAGCGAGCAGACGUUGCGAUGCUCUCUCAUCAGCGAGCACGUGGAGGCCUUUAUCACCAUCCAGGUGGCCCAGAUGGUCAUAGGCUUUCUGAUCCCCCUGCUGGCCAUGAGCUUCUGCUACCUUGUCAUCAUCCUCACCCUGCUCCAGGCGCGCAACUUUGAGCGCAACAAGGCCAUCAAGGUGAUCAUCGCCGUGGUCGUGGUCUUCAUAGUCUUCCAGCUGCCCUACAACGGGGUGGUCCUGGCCCAGACGGUGGCCAGUUUCAACAUCACCAGCAGCAACUGUGAGGUCAGCAAGCAGCUCGACAUCGCCUACGACGUCACCUACAGCUUGGCCUGCGUCCGCUGCUGCGUCAACCCUUUCCUGUACGCCUUCAUCGGCGUCAAGUUCCGCAACGACCUCUUCAAGCUCUUCAAGGACUUGGGCUGCCUCAGCCAGGAGCGGCUCCGGCAGUGGUCUUCCUGCCGGCACAUCCGGCGUUCCUCGAUGAGUGUGGAGGCCGAGACCACCACCACCUUCUCGCCAUAGGCAGCUCUUCUGUCUGGACUAGAGGGACCUCUCCCAGACCCCUGGGGUGGGGACAGAGAGCAGAUGCAAUGACUCAGGACCCCCCCACCCCCAAAAAAAGCUGCUGGGGGAAAAGCAGCUCUGACCUCAGAGUGGAAACCUGUGCCCCAGAAGACAGCUUAACCCCGACCCGAGCUACCUCAACUAAGGUGGAAAAGAAACGUGGCUGAUAAGCUAACACCGGAACCGGCAACACCCCAAAACCGAGGCUGUUGUCCCCUAAACCAAAAACCAAAAGUGAAAGUCACAAAACCAUGCACACCUGCUAGAGUGAAGGGGACGAGAUGGGUGAGUGCUCGGUUAGGAAGAGGGCUGGCGAGUCCUCUGAAAGAAGUUUCUUCCGACCUAGAAAGGAGUCACCCCAGAAACUCAAGAGCUCAGGCCAGGCCUUGAGAAAACCAGGCUUUGUCUCCAAGACCAGAGAUGGUGGGGAGACGUCUUGGCUUGCCGAGGAAAGGGGGACAUCUGCCUGUCAGACUAACUCUAUCUGACCCCCUCCCUCCUUCUCUUUCCGCUGUCCCCCAGGCCUCCCUGGGAGCUCUCCAAGGCCGAAGGCCAUGUCACCCUCCCAGGCUCUUGACGGGGGAGGGUGUGAUGUUUCCUGCAGGCCUGGCCGGCUGCCUCCGCCUGACCAAAGCCACAUUCCCAGCCAGGACCCUGGAGUGGGGGUGACAUGCUAGGAUGGGAGGAGGGGACAGGGAGAAAGGUGGAGAGGGAGAAAGGUUGGGGACGGGGAGGGUGAAAAUGCUGGCUGCCCAUGGCCAACAAGCUGCUUCUUCCUUCUUUGUCGCAGGGACAGAUAAAACUCUCCUUGUGUUGUGCUUUCAAUUCAUUAAGAGACCAACAUUUUGCUCACACACAAAUAAAAAUUUUCCCUUGAGGGAAAAACACCUUUGAAAGAAAGGG